AAAGCUGUGAGGGAGUGAGCUGUCAGUUCGGAGAAUGCAUCGACGGGAUAUGUGUUUGCAACCCGGGCUACACCGGGGAAAGCUGCACGUCAGAUCUCGACGAGUGCUUAUCAAAUCCUUGUAUGAAUAACGCGACAUGUGCUAACCUCUUCAAUCAAUUCUUCUGUGACUGUCCGCAAGGGUUCGACGGAGAGACAUGCCAAAAUGAGACCGGUCCAUGUCGGAACAAGCCAUGUGUGAACGGACUUUGCACUGAUCAGUUUGGAGGAGGGGAAGCUUUCUACACAUGUGAAUGUUACCCUGGUUGGGAAGGUGAUAACUGCGAAACAGAUAUCAACGAAUGCAUCGUCUUGGGAUUCCCUUGUCAGAAUGGAGCAGAAUGUAACAAUCUCGAGAAUGCAUAUUCGUGCAAUUGUUCAUCAGGCUGGACUGGAUUCAACUGCACAGAAGAUUUCAAUGAGUGUUUGAGUAUUCCGUGUGAGAAUGGUGCUACCUGUAUGAACCUGCGAGAUAGUUUCAACUGCACAUGCCCUACACAAUGGACUGGAACUCAAUGUGAAAUAGAAAAAAAUGCCUGUAUUGACACUCCCUGUCUAAAUGGAGGUACCUGUAACAACUACUACGACUACUACACAUGCACCUGUCCAGCACACUUCCUGGGCGCAAACUGUCAAGAUGCCUCAAGUAUAUGCUAUGCGACUGGGGAUCCGCACUAUUUGACCUUUGAUGAUGUAUGGCAUGACUUCCAGGGUGAUUGUGAGUAUACUUUGGUCCAAGAGUGCAGGGAUGGGAUGGACUCGCCGUUUAGAGUUGAUGUCAGGAACAUAGGCAAGGAGGAGAAUGUCUAUGGAUCAUACACCUACGAAGUAACAGUCCAAGUAUUUGAAGUGGAAAUCACCCUCAAACAAGGCAGAGAGGUCUUUGUCAAUGGCAGGAGAGUGACCCUUCCAGUAGAACCAAUAUCAGGACUGACUGUGAGCCAUAGUGGUUUCUAUGUGGAAGUAUCGGCUGAUGUCCAGUCGGACGGUCAGAACGUCUAUCUGUUUGUCAAAUGGGACGGUCAAAGAACAGCUGAGGUCAGAUUACCUUUUGCCCAGUACCAGAAUGCGACAUGUGGUCUAUGUGGUAACUUCAAUGGAAACCUGAUGGAUGAGUUCAUCAUGCCUGAUGGCCAGUUGACCACGGAUGUUCAGGAAUUUGGCAACAGUUGGACAGUAAAUCCCGGAACCUGUAUUCCUUUGGUGCCUGGAGACAAUCUCUGCAAUGAAACAUCUGAUGCAUAUAAUCAGGCUUCGCUCGCCUGCCAAAUUAUAAGAGAUGCUGCAGGGCCCUUUGAGAGAUGCUUUGACACCCUUGGCCCUGCCCCAUUCUAUGAUGCUUGUGUCUUUGAUGGUUGUAUUGUGCCGGCUAGUCAACUCAAUGAAACCACAUGUCAUCUCAUCGAGCUGUACGCACAGGCGUGUUUGGACAGGGAAGCCGUUAUAGAGGACUGGAGAAAUGACUCCUUUUGCCCCGUUUCAUGCCCAGCUGGCCAAGCAUACGGCUGGUGCACUGAUGCCUGUCCAUCUUCUUGCUAUGAUGUCGUACAAGGGGUUUCCCCCAUGUGUGACAGGCCAUGUGUGGAGGGUUGUCAGUGUCCAGAUGGCCUGGUGUUUGACGGCUUUGACUGUGUGGACAUGGGCUCAUGCGGAUGUUAUGUGGACGGUAUCUACUACUCGAUUGGAGACAGUGUCUACACCCCUGGUUGCUUCUCCAAGCGUAUUUGCAGCGGUAACAAUGUGGUUGACAUCUCUGCACAGACCUGCAGUGAGUUUGCUACAUGUAGGAUAGAUAAUGGAGAACACGGCUGCCACUGCUCAGCUGGUUACACUGGGGAUGGAAUCACCUGUGCAGAUGUCAAUGAAUGUGCCAGCAGCCCAUGCAUCAAUGGAGCAUGUGUGAAUGACCUCAACUUCUAUGCCUGCAAUUGUGACCCUGGCUGGUCUGGGUACAACUGUGAUGCAGCCUGCAUGGAGAACCCCUGUGAAAAUGGAGGCUCUUGCAUGGAAAUCAACGCUACUUCACUUGAGUGUCAAUGCCCUUUUCCAUUCAAUGGAACAUUCUGUGAAAUAAAUAAUUAUCCCUGCCAAAUGGACCCGAACCCCUGUCAGAAUGGAGCAACUUGUACCAGCUUCGGUCUGCAAUACAUCUGCUCUUGUGUGUAUGGCUUCCAAGGCUCCAAUUGUGAAGAAGAGGUGAAUCCUUGUAGGGAUGUACCAUGUCUGAAUGGAGGAACAUGUACCAAUCUGAUUGAGACAUACACCUGCACCUGUGGUGGAUCCUUCAUGGGCAGGAACUGUGAAAUAGAGUAUGGCAUCUGCUACACAUCUGGGGAUCCUCACUACAAGACAUUUGAUGACCUCAGGCAUAACUUCCAGGGCAGUUGUUCCUACAUAUUCACCCAGGAUUGCUCCUCUCCUGACCCACUCUUCAAAGUGAUCGUCUCAAAUAUGAAGAGGUCUCAAACAGCUGCAGUGUCAUAUACAUAUGAUGUUACAAUCAGCCUGAAUCAAACGGAGAUACUCUUAGGUCCCAGCCUUGGUGUAAACGUGGAUGGUGUCGUUGUCAAUCUCCCAUCCGAAAGACCUGGCAUCAGGAUUUCUGUUAGUGGCAUCUAUGUGCAAGUAGUAUCAGAUGUUGGCCUCUAUGUGCGAUGGGAUGGUGAUAGCAGAGUGGAGGUCAAAGUGACAUCUGCCUUCAAGAACAAUACUUGUGGUCUAUGUGGAAACUACAAUGGAAUCGGUACCCAAGAGGAUGAGUUUCUUACACCAACAGGAAAUUUGGUGUCCAAUGAGGCAGCCUUUGGUAACAGCUGGGAAGCUUACAAUGAUCCAGAUUGUGUACCUCAAGGAGACGAAACCAAUCCUUGCUUGAGUGCUACAGAGUCUGUGGUUCUUGGAGCCCAGAGCAAGUGUGAUAUCAUUCAAAGUGCUGCAGGACUUACAGAGUGCUUUGCUGUAUUGGAUCCCACCCCAUACUUCAGAGACUGUGUCUAUGAUGUCUGUGCAUCCCCUGAUGACGACGAUACUGCACUCUGUAACGCUAUGGCAUCUUACACCCAAGCAUGCAGAUACUUCUAUGUCGAUGUCCCUUCUUGGAGGAAUGAAACACUCUGUCCCCUGACCUGUCCAUCAAACAGCACCUACGGUAGCUGCGUCUCGGCCUGUCCACGCACCUGCUGGGAUUACCAAGACCCUGAUCACACCUGUCACGACCUCUGUGUUGAGGGGUGUGCAUGUGAUGAGGGAUUCGUCUUGGAAGAUCUGCAGUGUGUACCGGAGAACCAGUGCGGAUGUGUUACAGAUGGAUUCUAUCUCACGGUUGGCAGUAUUCUUCUGACUCCAGACUGCACAGAAUACUGUGAGUGCAACGCAGGCGGUAGUAUCAACUGCACUCAAGUAUCCUGCGAUCCUAACGCAUCGUGCGGAGUGGUGAAUGGAGAGACACGCUGCAUAUGCAAUGCUGGCUAUGACACUGUCGGCUAUGGAUUCACCUGUUUAGAUAUUGAUGAAUGUGCCAGCAGCCCAUGUGCGAAUGGAACAUGCAUUGAUGAAGUGAAUGGCUACACCUGUGACUGUACACCAGGCUGGAUCGGUCAACUCUGUGGUCAGCAGGACGAUUGUUACUCCAAACCCUGUCAGAAUGGUGCAACCUGCAAGGAUGGUAUGGACAUGUUCACCUGCAUAUGCGCACCAGGUUGGACAGAUGAAGUUUGUGGAACAGACAUCAAUGAAUGUGCAGACGCCCCCUGUGACCACGAUGGAGUCUGUAUUGAUAAACUAGCUGCCUAUGAAUGUAACUGUACCCUAGGAUGGGCGGGAGAAAACUGUGAAAUAGCCAUUGAUGAGUGCGGCAGCGACCCCUGCUUAAAUGGAGGUGAAUGUUUUGACUUUGUAGGAUAUUUUAGAUGCUCAUGCCCAACUAACUACGCCGGAGAUAGGUGUGAGAUAGAUUUAUCUCCCUGUGCGGAAACCCCUUGUCAGAAUGGUGCAACAUGUGUUGGGUUAAGUGAGGACGUGUACUCGUGCCACUGUGUCCCGGGAUAUGUUGGGGGAAAUUGUGAAUUGGAUGUCGAUGAGUGUUUCAAUGAUCCUUGUCUGAAUGGGGGCACCUGUAAUGAUCUGGUCAACAUGUAUCAAUGUGAAUGUGCCAUUGGAUUUGCUGGAGUCAACUGUGAAGAAGACGACCGCCCUCAACUGGAGAUUGUCAGAAUCUGGAGCAACGCCAUCACCAUCUACUGGACUGUUCUUAUCGAGGUGGAGUCGUUCAGAGUUGAGUACCGAAAGGUCAAUGAUUCAGAGUGGUUCAUCAGUGACACUCUUAACGGAGGAAGACGUCUGUACAGUCUCCUUGGUCUUGAGAGCGAGACAGGCUACGAGCUGCUGCUUGUGAUGAAGAGAGCUGCAGGAGGAAGCAUCGCCACAACCGUACCAGUCACAGUCGUGACCUGUCAAAGGGGUUUCAGUGGAGAAAACUGCUCACAAGACGCGACAGACCUGCCUUUCAAUAUUCAGAUCCAGACGGCCCGCACCAACUCCCUCACCGUGACCUGGAACUCUGACUUCACCCCUCCCUCCAACAACAGGAUCCAGCUCCAGUACCGGCCCUAUGGAACCACCACCUGGAUCCCCGGACCAAGGGUCACUGCUGUGUCCCAGGGGAUAGCUGACAUCCCGUCCCUCAGAGGCAACGAGUACUACGAGGUCAGGAUCUAUGUCGGAGAUCUGGACCUGCAGCUUUUCAACUAUAGCUUGGUUAACAGGUUCUAUACUUGUGAGCCGAACCGUGUUGGACCCAAUUGUGAAAACGAAUAUCAAAUUUGCACCGUGUGGGGAGAUCCUCAUUACAUCACUUUUGAUGGAGCUUCCUACAACUACCAAGGAGACUGUGAGUACACCCUAGUCACCGAUGACUGCGUUGCCUCUGAGAACCCUAGCAGUCUGCCUGGCUUCCACCUAUGGAGUGAUAACGUGAAGCGUUUGCCUUCAGACAGGGUGGCUUACUUGAGAGAGAUUGGGUUGGAAGUGGAUGGAACUGUCUUUACGGUCGGGAGGGACCAUGUCCUGAGGAUUGAUGGCAUUAAUGUCACACCCCCAAAGAGGUCAGGACAGGUUUUUAUCUUCUACACUGGAGCACACACAAUUAUUACAACUGACUUUGGUCUACGAGUUCAGUAUGAUGGAGGAUACAGAGCUGAAAUAACACUCCCAGACACGUACAAGAACAUAACAUGUGGUUUGUGUGGUACAUAUGAUGAUCUGCAGGAUAAUGAAUAUACUAAGAAGAAUGGUCUUGUGGUGACUUCUGCCCGUGAGUUUGCCAACAGUUGGACUGUCUCUGAUUGUGAGAUUCCUGUAGAAGAUGAGAUCCCAUGCUCAGAUGAUGCAACAAGGACUAAGGCAGAGGAACUAUGCAACAUUCUCAAUGAUGUAAAUGGUGUAUUGGGACCUUGCUUUAAUGUCCUUGACCCUGUUGUGUACUAUGAUGCCUGUGUGUAUGACCUCUGUGUAACACUUCCUGAAGAUGACUUGGUUUGUGCUGACAUCGAUGCCUAUGCAUCGGCCUGUAGACAGGCUGGAGGAGUCCUGGCUGGAAACUGGAGAGCAGAACUUACUCAAUGUGGGCUGACCUGUCCUGUGAACUCCACCCUCCACUCCUGUGCCAGUGGCUGUCAGCCUGCCUGCUCCGAUAAUAACAUCCAGUCUGACUGUCCAGUGUCCUGUAUCGAGACAUGUGUAUGUGAUGAGGGACUGGUAUUAGAUAGUGACAGGUGUGUGGAAUCUCAAGACUGUGGAUGUCUUGAUGAAAAUGCUGAAUACCGCUCGCUUAAUGAAACAUGGACAACCGACGAUUGCAGGAGAAAGUGCAAUUGUACAGGAUCAGGGUCCGUUCAAUGUUCCUCUUCCAGCGUAUCAUGUGGACCCAACGAGGAGUGUGCCAUCAAGAGAGGGGUCAGAGACUGUUACUGUCUCGAGGAUUACUCUAGGGAUGACAAUCAGGAAUGCAUCAGAGAGCCAGGACACUGUAUAGUUAGAGGAGAUCCCCACUACGAGACCUUCGACCAUCACAGGUACAACUUCCAAGGGGAUUGUGAAUACACCCUCAUCAGACCCUGCAACAAGGAGGAGAAUAGCAGUCUUGUGGACUUCCACCUGUGGAGCAACAACCUGAAGAAUAACCCCUCUGAUAGAGUGUCCUACAUGAGAGGCUUCACUCUGGAGUAUAAUGGGACGCUGUUCAGUGUGGAGAGUGGGAACGAGGUGUAUGUGAACGGAAGGAGACUGUCAGGUUCCCUGUUCAGCUAUGGCAGUGAUGUCAGGAUACAGUGGGACAAUCAGUACACGUUCUUGGUGACCUCUUUUGGAUUGCAAGUGGUUUAUGAUGGGAAGCAUACAGCAGACAUAGAUCUGAGCUAUGAUUACUGGACCAAGACCUGUGGUCUAUGUGGUACCUUCGAUGGUGAUGAUAGCAACGAGUACAGACGACUAGACGGGUCUCAGACACCAUACAUGACAGUCUUCAUCCAGGAUUGGGUCAUUAACCCCUCAUCCUGCAAUGGGGAAUCCCCUGAGCCACCUGUGUGUGAAGGAGAAACAUAUGAGGAAGCUCUCGACCUGUGUUACAUAUUCAGCUACCCAGAUAGUCCUCUGUCUGGGUGCUUCGACUUUGUCUCUCCCCGUGAUCUGUACGAGGACUGUGUGUAUGAUUCCUGUGCCUUGGGUCCUGGGUUUGACGUAUGUGAUUACAUUCAGGAAUAUGCCUUGAUCUGUAUGGAUGAGGGCAUUGACCUUGGAGAGUGGAGGUCAGAGGUGCCUGAGUGUGCAAUCACCUGUACCGGUGGUAAAGUCUACCAGACAGGAGCGAGCGCAUGCCAGCCGACCUGUGGGUUCCAGAACUCUGGACCCUGCACACGCCCCUCCUACGACAGGUGCGUCUGCCCAGAGGGGCUGGUGGAGGACGGGGACCGGUGUGUGGAUCCCAACGAGUGUGGGUGCAACUUCUUCUACGGAGGAGAGAACAUCCACAUGGAGUCUGGAUCGGAAUGGAUCAGUGAUACCUGCGACCGGCGCUGCACCUGUACGGGCAUCACUUUGACUUGUACUGACAUAGAAUGUGGAGAGUUUGAAGAAUGUGUCAUCAAAGGAGGUGUUAGAGACUGCUUCUGUUUCAAUAGAUUCACUCGUAAUGAAGAAGAUAUAUGUGUCAGAGCUCCUGGAGUAUGCACUGUUUGGGGUGACCCUCACUAUGUCACCUUUGACAACGGUAACCACAACUUCCAAGGAGACUGUGAGUACACCCUGGUCAGACCAUGCACUGACCGGAUGGACCUCGUCGAUUUCCACCUCUGGGGUGACAACGUGAAGAACAAUCCCUCCGAGAGGGUUUCUUACCUGCGGAAGAUUGUGCUUGAGGUGAACGGCACCAGCAUUGCCAUCACGAGGAACCGUGAGAUCCUAGUGAAUGGAGCCAGGAGGAUAGCACCUGUUAGGUUGAACAAUGGCAUCAUGAUACGUUCGGAUAGCUCCUACUCGACCAUUGAGACUAAUUUUGGACUGAAUGUGCGGUAUGAUGGUUCCGAAACUGCCAAUAUUGAGGUAUCUUACGACUACUGGAAUGCUACAUGUGGACUCUGCGGUACCUUUGAUGACGACAGUACCAAUGAGUUCAGAUUACAAGAUGGAAGUCUGACACCAUAUGAAAAUGUGUUUGGCAAUAACUGGGUCCUUGAUGCAUACGAGUGCGAAACCGGUAUAGAAAGACCAGUUGACAGAUGUGAGGAAGACUCUGCUAUCAAAACGUUGGUGGAAGAUAUCUGCUACGUCUUUAUCAAUCCUGAAGGACCUCUUGGUGACUGUCUUGACUUUGUGAAUGAGGAUGCCUACUAUGAUGCUUGCAUCUAUGACCUCUGCUAUACUGAUCCUGGUAAUGACAUCAUUUGCGGAGCCUUGCAGGAGUACGUCCAGCAGUGCAGGGAAGCUAACGGCAUCAUCGGAAAUUGGAGAGAAGGGGUCCUACAGUGUCCUUUUGAGUGUCCCAGCGACAAGACCUACCAGUCAUGUGGGAGCGCCUGCCAGCCGAGCUGUGCCGAGCCUGAGGCUGACCUGAACUGCACCCUACCCUGCCAUGAGACCUGCAGCUGCCCUGAGGGACAGCUGGAUGAUGGUGGGCGAUGUGUGGAACCAGAGAACUGUGGAUGCACUCUUCCAGAUGGGAGCUACAUAUCGGCUGGGAUGAUGUGGAUCAACGACGACUGCUCUCAAUCGUGUAGCUGCACAGGAGGUGUGGCCGAGUGUGUACCUUAUGGGUGCAGGGAUUAUCAGGAGUGUCGACUCAAAGGCAAUGUCAGGGAUUGCUACUGCAUUGACAAGUUUACUUAUGAUGGUGAACAGUGUGUCAGAGCUCCUGGAGUAUGCACUGUUUGGGGUGACCCUCACUACGUCACCUUUGACAACGUUAACUACAACUUCCAAGGAGACUGUGAGUACACCCUGGUAAGACCAUGCACUGAUCGUACGGACCUCGUCGACUUUCACCUCUGGGGUGACAACGUGAAGAACAAGCCCUCCGAGGGGGUUUCCUACUUGCGGAAGAUUGUGCUUGAGGUGAACGGCACCAGCAUUGCCAUCACGAGGAACCGUGAGAUCCUAGUGAAUGGAGCCAGGAGGAUAGCGCCCAUCAGGAUGAACAAUGGCAUCAUGAUACGUUCGGAUAGCUCCUAUUCGACCAUUGAGACUAAUUUUGGACUGAAUGUGCGGUAUGAUGGUUCCGAAACUGCUAAUAUUGAGGUAUCCUACAACUACUGGAAUGCUACUUGUGGACUCUGUGGAACCUUUGAUGAUGACAAGACCAAUGAGUUCAGAUUACAAGAUGGCAGUCUGACACCAUAUGAAAAUGUGUUUGGCAAUAACUGGGUCCUUGAUGCAUACGAGUGCGAAACCGGUAUAGAAAGACCAGUUGACAGAUGUGAGGAAGACUCUGCUAUCAAAACGUUGGUGGAAGAUAUCUGCUACGUCUUUAUCAAUCCUGAAGGACCUCUUGGUGACUGUCUUGAAUUUGUGAAUGAGGAUGCCUACUAUGAUGCUUGUAUCUAUGACCUCUGCUACACUGAUCCUGGUAAUGACAUAAUUUGCGGAGCCUUGCAGGAGUACGUCCAACAGUGCAGGGAAGCUAACGGCAUCAUCGGAAAUUGGAGAGAAGGGGUCCUACAGUGUCCUUUUGAGUGUCCCAGCGACAAGACCUACCAACCAUGUGGGAGCGCCUGCCAGCCGAGCUGUGCCGAGCCUGAGGCUGAACUGAACUGCACCCUGCCCUGCCAUGAGACCUGCAGCUGCCCUGAGGGACAGCUGGAUGAUGGUGGGCAAUGUGUGGAACCAGAGAACUGUGGAUGCACUCUCCCAGAUGGGAGCUACAUAUCGGCUGGGAUGAUGUGGAUCAACGAUGACUGCUCUCAAUCGUGUAGCUGCACAGGGGGUGUGGCCGAGUGUGUAGCUUAUGGAUGCAGGGAAUAUCAGGAGUGUCGACUCAAAGGCAAUGUCAGGGAUUGCUACUGCCUUGACAAGUUUACUUAUGAUGGCGAACAGUGUGUCAGAGAGCCUGGCACGUGCACAAUUUGGGGAGAUCCCCAUUACAUCACCUUUGACAAUGUCAAGUACGACUUCCAGGGUGACUGUGAGUAUACCCUAGUCAGGCCGUGCUCCAACCAGCCUGGAAUGGUCGAUUUUCACAUC